GUCUGAAGUGCGCCGGGGGAAUCUGUCGUUCGGACCCGCUCACGCCGCGGGUGAAGGCUCCGAGGACCGGACUCUGGGCUCUGGCCUAAUUCUGGCACGUUUGUCCACACUUAAAACGCUGGAGGAACUCGGCAGCCUAUCCUUCAGAAAGAAUGCUAACGAUGAAAAUACCAACAGGGCACUGAAGUUUAAAUAUGCACAGUCACCUGAUCUCAGUUCUUCACUGAACAAAACAAAGCAAAAUGCAUGAAUUUCCCAAAAUGCCAUUCAAAGGUUUCAAUAGGUACAUUUAAUGUCAGAGAAAUGUAUACAAUAUACAUCCUGAAAUGCUUUUUCUUAGCAACCAUCCACGAAAACAGAGGAGUGCCCCAAAGAAUGAAUGACAGUUUAAUAUUGGAACCCCAAAGUAACCCCCCAGCUCCCCUCCCUCCCACACGUAAGCAGCAGUAAGGAAGGAUUCCCCCUCCUCCUUCCCCCGCCGCCAAAAAAAAAAUCGGCACCCGCCACCAAGCACUAAAGUAGUGGUCGUCAACUUGUUGAUCGCGAUCAACUGGUCGAUCUUUGAGACUUUCCCAGUAGAUCCCGAUUUUUAAAAAAAAAGAAAAAUAAAUACACAAAUACUGUUGAGAGAUUGUUUCCCAGUUGCGGGGUUUUAGUUCAGUUCUUUCUGCCCAGUGCACAUGCGUGUAGCUCCCCCGCACUACACAAUGUAUUUCAGUGGUCCCCCAACUGAAAGUCAGCUGUACCUUUCCUCGUUCCCUGUCACACUCACUGUUGAACUUGAACGCAUGCGAGAUCAUCAGUCGCCUAAACGCAGUGAUACCCUAGCACCAGGGAUCACUGAUUGGCCUCGGGUAACCGGCCGCCUCAUGUGGCCGGCGGGAAGUGCCGUUGGUACUGGCCUGGAGCGCGGACCGAUGGGCGCCGCCUCUGAACCUGUUCAGCACACUGAAUGUUUAUGGGAACCUGAUGCUAAAAUGUUUGCAGUUGACCUAAUUCGGGCUCAGGGUUUCGUAAGUAUCAAGAAGCUACCUUGCUGCGAUCUACUGAAGCCAACUUUUGUCAGCCAUAGCUCCUACAAGGGGGGCAGGCACGGGCCCUGUCGCACUCCUCGCUCGGUUGGUUGCUGUCUCUGGACUGCAACCACCGCGGCCCCAGUGCAGGGACCUCCGGCCCUGACCUUGUCCUCUCACCCCACCCAAGACCGGCUGCAUCUGGCCAAAGCGUCUGCCGGCGGGCGGGCAGGAGGUUGGAGCUCAGGCCUGGAGGCAAUGAAGCCCUCAAAACUGCUUCGGUCCCCUGAGUCCAAGCACCCUGCACUUAAAGACAAACCCGUUGAGGAUUUUCAGCGGAAAAAGCGUGAGUGAGCGGGACAGAAACUAAGUGCCAAGAACCACGAAAACUAAAUUGCGGAAUAGACUGGACAUAAGGAACCUGCUUCGAGUAUCGCUGUAUUCUGGUGGUGUUUAACACCAUGUUUUCUUAUUGCAAUGUAUACGAUUUUGACCAAAAGAAGCAAAUAAACUGAGAAACUGCAGUUUACACACAUUAUCCAACCUCUUCACAUUACACAUGCAAUGCUCAAAGUUUUUUUUUACAAAUUUGCGACUUAUUUGUACUGCCUACAAUACUUAAAUCUCUGAUAUGGAUUCCACAAAAAUACAAAUGUCCUUUGUUCUGCAGGCAUCCCUGAUACCUUGUAGGAACUCCCCAGGUUAUGACAAGGUUCUGUUCUUGUGAACUGUUCAUUUCCCAAACAGUUUAUAAGUAGAAAAUGCAGCUGCAACCCAAGCCCCACAUGGCAGUAGAUGCCUGAACCUGCUGAUAAGUCCAUCCCACUGGUCUCACAACACCCAUUCAUGAGUACAGGCUGUAUACAAGUUUGGUGCUUGCAAAGUGGCUAGGACCUGGAUACAAUUUUGAAGACGGUGCUUUAAAAACACUUUUCCUUGAAUUCUUAUCCCUGUUUUUUCCCCUAUCCUUGACAUGUCCCAACAGGUUUUACAAAUGUUUUUCUUUUAAAAUAAAUUGCAAAUAAAUCUUUGUACAUCUAGUAGACUUUCUUUCUUUUUAAAUCUUCUUACUAAUUUUCAAACAAGCAUAAGAAAAACAUUGAGUACAAAGAGCUUCAGAAUACAUAAUAGGUUAAAAUACAAAUACAAACAGUUAAUAAUCUGCAUAUAAUAGUUUCCCAAACUCAUAGUAGGUUACAGAAAAUGGAAAAAUAAGGGGAAAAACCCCCCCAAAAAAAUUAAACAACUAACCUAACCAACAUGGGCUGUUGUAUUAUAUCAAGUAUACGCAGUAGUGUCAACAACUCCGCACCUCUAUCCAAAUAAUUAAAGAUAGUAAGAAUAAGGUUUGGGAAAGGUCAGUUUAACUCGUAUGAAAAUGUUGGAUAAAUGGUCUCCAAGUUUCUUCAAAUUUAACUGAAGGAUCAAAAAUGACACUUCUGAUUUUUUCUAUACUCAAGCAGGAAAUAGUUUUGGAAAACCACUGAAAUUUAGUUGGAGGAUUAAUUUCUUUCUAGUUCAAUAAUGGCUAGAAGAUCUAUCUUAAUGUGACAAAUGUAAUCAUCCGUCAGGCUGAAGGGAUAAACAACUAUUAUCCACCAUUGGUAAACCGAAAAUUGCAGUAAUCGGAUGAGGUUGCAAUUUGAUAUUCAAAGCUGUUGAAGUAAUACCAAAAAUAUCUUCCAGUAAUUUUGCAAACGGGCAAGACUAAAACAUGUGAGUCAAUGAAGCAACUUCAGAGUGACAUCUGUUGCAGAUUGGAUUAACAUGGGAAUAAAAUUGAACACAAAGAAAUCUGCAGAUGCUGGAAAUUCAAACAACACACAAAAUGCAGGUGGAAUACAGCAGUCCAGGCAGCAUCUAUAGGGAUGUACAAAAAAGCUGGAUGAACUCAGCAGGUCGGGCAGCAU